AUCCAAGUAUUUAUUAUUUAAGGAUGAUGUUGAGAGACGAACAUACGGCCCUCAGUCUGGCGUUUGCCACUCACUGUGCCAGUGAAGCCAAGGGUUGAAGCUUUCGUUCUCUUGUGUGUUACCGGUGUAUGGUGCUGUAAUCACCACCGCUGCCGUCACCACCCAUCACCACCGCGACCACCACCGCCACCAUGGGCACCCCUCCUAUGGUGUCGCCUAUACGCAUGCUGCCCCUACUGCUCGUCGCUCUCGCCAUACGCUCGGCAAUGUGCAAUGAGAGUGGCCCCAUCAUCGUAGAGGAACCCGAUAGUCGCGUGGACGUCUUUAACUCGUCCGGCGCCAACAUCCGCUGCACUGUUCGUGGUCACCCUAAGCCUUCCGUCGUGUGGGUGCGUGCUGAGGACGGUACUGCUGUCAGUGAUUUUCCUGGACUCCGCAGGGUUCUCGCUAAUGGCAUUCUGAGGUUCCCACCCUUCCAACCCAAGGAUUACCGUCAGGAAGUCCAUGCCCAGGUGUACCGCUGUCAGGCCUCCAACCCUCAUGGCUCUAUUCACUCCCACGAUGUCCACGUGCGUGGAGUGGUGGCUCAGCCAUAUGAGACACAAGUCAGCAAUGAGUUUGUCAUCCAGGGCAACACGGCCAUCCUCAAGUGCUCCAUCCCAUCCUUCGUUGCUGACUUCGUCACUGUGCAGGCCUGGCUCACUAGUGACGGCAUGGCCUACUAUCCCUCACACGACUACGAUGGCAAAUACCUGGUGCUUCCCUCUGGUGAGCUGCACAUCCGUUCCGUUAGUCCCGAGGACAGCUUCAAGAGCUACAAAUGCCGCACCAUUCACCGUCUCACCCAGGAGACCCGCCUCUCUGCCACCGCUGGACGUCUUGUUAUCUCCAGUAGGUUCCGUGAGCCUCUGAUAGGGUCGCAAAAAGAAGGGUAGGAACAGCUAGGAUAAGAAAGAUUAGAAAAGGAUAUGGAUUGAAAGUGGUGUGUAAAAAAAUGAAAGGUGAAAGGAAUUGAUAGGUGGAAUUGAGAAAGAUCAGAUACUUAUAAAAAACUAUGUUAGGGGAAGGGAAAAGUGAGUUUGAGAAUAGGAGUUAGAAUAGUGGUUACAUAGAUAUAGGGGUGAUAUAGGAUGGGUACAAGGAAAAUGAGGAUAAGAGGGAAUAGGAUGGAAAGGAGGGAAAUAGGAGAGGGAGGGCCAAGGGUGGGGUGUGUAAGUGAUGGGUAGUGUAUGGAGGGUAAUGUGAUGCUGAGGUGCGGCAAGGGUGGCAGAUGGUGGGGAAGGGGUGAAGGGAGUUGUUAGGUAGACAUAGGAAGGAAAGCAGGUGUGGGAGGAAUAGUAAAAGUUAGUGGAGGAUAAUAGAGGAUUAGUGCGAGGUGAAAAAGAGGAGUUGGGAGAUAUGUUGGUGCUGUAGGGAUGGGGGGAGAGGGAUGGUGAGAGGGAGGGAGGGGAGGAGAAGAGUUGUGGUGGGAAGAGAGAGGAGUGUUAGCAAAUACAGGAAGUAGAAAUGGAAAGCAAGGAAUGGGAAGGGUAGAUUAUAACUUAAUUUUAGUAUUGUUUCUCAUUGACAAAUGUACAAUGACCUUGAUUAUUUGCACAAAAAUAAUUAACGUAACGUAAUCAAAGAGAGAGGUCAUUCAUGCAUGCACAGUGAAAUAUAAAAUUGAAUAUAUGAAUAGAUUUAAGUGAAACUGGUGACAACCUUGGAAAGACAUGAGCGCGGCGGAGAUGCUGAGGUGAACAGAGCCAGUGAGCCGGUGAGGUAAAUGUCACCUUCCGCCGCGGCGUGUGUCUGGGGUUGCUGCUGGGUGAACAAGGAGCCUGAAUGUUGGGAUAGGAUACCCUUGCUGUCUCACUCAAGCUAAAUCACAGGUAGUCAAAUCAACCAAUUGGCUUUUCAUUGCAUAUCAAAAUCCAAUUGUAAAUAAGUUAACUUCAUCACGGCCUGUUGACUGAGCCGCUGCUGUCACUUGCUAUUGUCAAAAGUUCUUUCUGCUGCCACUGGGCUGAUGCUGAGUUUAAGAGCCACACUGUCUUUGCCUUGUCUCUGCCUGUGAGGAUAUAGUAGUGUCGGGGCACAGGUCGAGGGCUGUGUGGUACACAAUGAGGCGUUCACUGCUCAGACUAACACGUUUUUUAAAUGGAGCAUCCGGCUUAGAUCGGUGUUGCCAUAUAUCUGGUAACUUUGCAUGAAUCACUCUGAUUUUUUUGUUGUGAAGUAUUGGCAACAUGUACAUCAAUAUUAGACAUUCAUCUCCAUUCUAGUCCCCAACCUUGCCAUGCAUGCAAUUGCAAUUGCAACUAAAACUUAGGAGUGUUAUUCUGGCAUUAUUAUUUCCUGUGGCUAAGACAUGUUAUGAUAUGAAAUGUUUUGACGUUG